AAAAGUGAUUGCCAUAGUGUACACACGUUCCAUUUCCCUAUUUGUAGUGCCAUUAUUUUUUUUUUGAAAAAGUGUUUAUUGAAGAUUAUUUAAAUGUUUUUGAAUUGUAUGUAAUUUGGCUCAUUGUGGAUUUAGUGCACAUAUAUUUGGAAGCAUUAGGCAAAGGAAGUUUUUCGACUUCUAUAGAGUGAUCACUACUGAAACUAUUAAGAUGUCAGUAUUAAAUCAGAGUGGCGAGGAGCAGGUGGAGUGUCCGCUGUGCAUGGAACCACUUGAGGUUGAUGAUCUUACAUUCUUCCCUUGUACCUGUGGUUAUCAGAUCUGUCGUUUUUGCUGGCAUCGUAUUAGAACUGAUGAAAAUGGAUUGUGUCCAGCUUGCCGUAAGGCUUAUUCGGAAGAUCCUGCCGACUUCAUUCCUUUAUCUCAAGAGCAGAUUGCUAAGUUGAAAGCGGAGAAGCGUCAGCGCGACCAGCAGCGCAAGGCCAAGUUGACCGAAAGCCGAAAGCACUUGGCCAGCGUGAGAGUAGUGCAGCGCAACCUGGUGUUCGUUGUGGGACUACCGAUGAGGUUGGCGGAUCCCGAGGUGCUUAAAAAGCACGAGUACUUCGGCAAGUUCGGCAAAAUACAUAAGGUGGUGAUCAAUCAAUCGACUUCGUACGCUGGCUCGCAAGGGCCCAGUGCAAGUGCCUAUGUAACCUAUAUGAAAAGUGAUGAUGCUUUAAGGGCCAUACAAAGUGUCAAUAAUAUUACGAUAGACAGUAGAGUGAUAAAAUCAAGUUUAGGAACUACGAAAUAUUGUUCGCAUUUUAUGAAAAACCAAACCUGUCCCAAGCCAGACUGUAUGUAUCUGCAUGAUUUUGGUGAUCCAGAGGCUAGUUUUACCAAGGAACAGAUGCACGCCGGAAAACAUCAGGAAUACGAAAAGAAACUCCACGAAAACCUACUCCUCCGCACCGCCAACAACAACAACCAAUCCAACACUUGUGACAAUUCUAAACCUUCUAUCCCUAUACCCACAACAAAUUCAACAUAUAAAUCGUCUUCUAAAGAUAAUAUGACAGCGGCGCUGUCGAGUAGUGUGAGCAGUAGUAGCAGCACAACAUCUAACAGUAGUGGUACAAAUAAGGAGAACUGGCCGCAUUUAAAUACGGAGAAAGAAAAGAAAGACAAGGAGAAAGGAAAGAAGAGUAAAGGUAAGGGGGAGAGCGGGAGUAGGAAGGGCGAGAGGAAGGAAUCUUACAGUAGCGGAAAGAGCGAGGUUAAGUUCGAUAGUGGUUUUAGGACUGACAGUAAAGAUAAAAACACAUCUCCGCCUCUCAGUGAACCGGCAGAAACUCCAUCUCCUCCUAUGUUACUAGAGUCACAGCUGUCUGUUCCGAAAUUAACUACGCCCAUGAUGGACGAUAAUACUAGUUUCUUUUCGCUGAAUUCGUUUCAAAAAUUACCUUCCAAUAGUUCGGCGCAGGAACACGCGACAGAAACAGAUGGCGAGGCGCAUCCUUCUAGUAUAUUGACAGAUACUCUACCAAAUAUCAACACAUCAGAAGACUGGGUGGCGGCGUUUGGAUUUUCUAGACAUUCGGAGGCUAAUUUAGGGAAAAGGGAAGACAAAGAUAUGUUAGAUUCGUUUAGGAAAGGAUUUGGCGUAGUAAACCACAGUACAGGAUUUAGUAAAGGAGUAGAACCAUAUAACAAUGGAUUUUAUGAAAUGCCUUCGAAGUUAGAUGAAAAUUUAAUGGACAUGCUCUCUGUCAAGGCGCCCCCUACUUACCCACCAUAUAAACUAAAUCCUCCACAACCUCAAGCUCCUCCAAGUCAUACGCACAAUGGCAUGAAUGGCCUAGAUCAAAAUAUGUCAAAGUUCUUCAUGGAAUUUCACAAAAACAAUAAAGAUAUUAGUACGGGACAACAGCAACAACAGUAUAAUAAUGGAUUUAAUGGUGUACAUCCGGGCUUUUUCUCUGGAGUAGCGGGCAAUUCAGAUAGAGUAAUGUUAUUACAACAAAAACAAUUAGAAGAACAGCUUUUACAACUUAGUUUAAAACAAGGAUAUGGUAGUUCCAAUUCGGUUUAUCAGAACGGCAUAAAUACACCAAUAUAUAACACAAACGGAGAAAAUGGAGGAUUCGGAAAUUUGCAUGGGUCAUUAUAUAAUAGUACAUCUAAUGUUAAACAAAACGCAAGAACUUCAGAAGACGAUUUAGGAUUUGAUCCUUUCCAAGAGACACAAAAAGCAUUUGCAGAGUUAAUGGCUACAGAACAGAAUCAAAAAUCACAUAAUAGUAUAGGUCAUAGUCAAAUUAAUGGGGUAAAUCUCAAUCAGAAUGGGCAUCUGCCUCCGCCGCCACCUGGUUUCGUUCAACAAAACCCUUCACAUAUGAACUCAUUUGGUAGUAAAAUUUUACCUUAUCUAAAUGUGUCUAAUAGUCCACAACAAAUAAAUAGUUCAACACAAAAUAAUUGGCCUAGUAAUUAUAAUUCCAAUAUGCAGCAACAACAGAAAAAUAUAAACAACACAUGUAACGAUUGGAAGGUAUUAGAUCCAGCGAUUUUAUCGUCUAGCCGUCAUUAUCCAUUAGCAAAUAUGCCUCAUCUUAGAGAUUAUACAAAUUUAUCACAAAUAGGUACUCAACAACAGAUACAACAGAACGGCGGGGUUCCGCCACUUCGGUCGUACGAGUAUACAAAUAACGCAUUCUCAAAUUUCACACAACAACUACAGCCAAAUUUCAAUAAUUUUUCACAUAUAAAUUCACAACAGAAUCUGAAUUGGUUUAGCAAUGAUAUAAAUUCACAGAUAUCCAGUCCACCGGGCUUCAGGAACAAUACAGCGACUAAACAGCAAGAAUGUUGAGAGAGACGUCGAUAGAAGAGGAACGUAUGGGUCUCGCUUUUAUUUUAAUUUUUUAAACAAAUCUGUUUCAAAAAAUAAUCUAAUUUCAAGUACCGAUCUUUUGUUUAGUGUUGUUCUAUACGUUUUAAUGCGAUUAUUUAUAUUGUUGAGAUAACAGUUUACAAUUAUUUAAUUAAAUCAAAUAUAUACAGUGUUAAUGCACAUCUUUUGCUCUACGAUAUUAUCUCCACCUUAAAAAAACAGAUUUAAAAUUGCUUUGCUGUCCUGGCCGGUCGAAAAAAUUUUCGAUGAAAAUAAAAGGUAAGAAAAGUCGACCGCUUGGUUUUGUGUAGUUUGUCUGUUCUUUCUCGAUGAUUAGUACAGUCCAAACUACAUCAAGUACACAAACUGUUGAUUGUUUCGUAUUCAGCAGUAAAGUUCUACGGGAGAAAAUUGUGAAUCUGAAAAUUGUUGUUAAAAAAAAACAAGAAAAAGGACAAUAUAAUUUUUUAGAAAUAGUAUAUAGGUAGAAAAUUCUGUAUAUUUUUCCUAUAUACUAUUUACUGCGACUAGUAUAGAAAUCAGCUUCCCAAAGCUUAUUUUACUCUUCACACCUAUUCAUAAUAAUACUGUUUAUCUCAUUUUAUAAUUUUUUAUGGGAAUGAAACCAAAUAAAUCAGAAAAUGGAAAUAUUUUCCUAUUUUUAUCAUAUUCGUAGAAGUCUUUUAUCUGAAGGAAUACCACACAAUAAUGCAAGACAGUGGGAAACAUUCACUGACAGAAACGCUUCUAUAAUUGAGGGGGCCAGACGUAAAAGGGUUUAAGUGCAGUUUUGAUAGUUCAGAGAUAAUCAGCUUCAAAGUUGUUUGAGUUUUAUAAAUUCUAGAAGUCAUUAAACUAAAAUAUGUGUACUGUACAAUGUACUAUAAAAUGUUUCAAAUUUAAGGGUAUAUUAUUACUCUCGCUGUGUCUAGGUACACGCUAACGUGUACGCAAAUAAAAAAGUUAGGUACACGCUUAAACGUCAUCAAGUCAGUGACGUCAUUAUUUAGCGUGUACUAUGACUGGGUUUUUUGGUACACGCUAAUUUGAGCCGCGUGUAUGCUGUGGUAUUAAUAAGUAUCUAUAAGUAUCGCGAGUGUCAGAGUGUGGUUAGAAUUUGUCUAAUGGCGUUAUGUUUACACUUUAAUAGAUAUUGAUUUUUAAAGAGUUUCCUUAUUUUUUACUUGUUUAGUGUUCUUUUUUAAAUUAACUAUAUGCAGUGUGGACAAUUAUUUAGUUCUUUUAAUGAGUUUAACAACAUUCUAAAACAGUAUGAAAAAGAUAAGAGACAAAAAUUCGUGAUUAACGGUAGCAGAAGUAAUAAGAUAAAAUAUACGGGGCGAUUGAUUAGUGUGGUAAAGCUCAGUAGAUCCGCUAUAGUAAUAGAUAGCAAUAAAAGUUAGUAUCAAAAAUUUUAGCAAACUUUAAGCUUCAUAUUACAAAAUUACUAAAAUUAGUUAGAUAAUAUACUGGCGGACCAAACUUAUGUUUUUUAAAUGGAACACCCUAUAUUUUAUUUUAUGUUCGAAAUCUUCUUAACUUCCAUAUCACAAAAAUAUAAAGGUUUAUUAUGUUAUACAGGGUAUUUACAAAGUUAUACCAAAUUUUCUAUGAAAACAUAAAAUUUUCUACGUAACAAGUUCAACUCCCUGUAUAAAUAAAAAUAAACACCAAUAUAAACUGGUAUAAUUAACUUACGUAUAAAAAUUAUUUAGCAGUAUUUUGUAUAUAUCAUGUUAACUAAUAUUUAUUUUGCUAACCUGAAUAUAUACUUCUAAAGUUUGAAACAUCUGAAUAGUUUGGCUUCCCUUUCAUCUUCCCUUAAUAAAAAUAUUUUCUAUCAAACAAACAACAAACACUAAAAAUAUCAAAAUAGCGUGUACCAAAAUAUAAAGUCACCGCGCACGCUAAAUAAUGACGUCACUGGCUUGAUGAAGUUUAAUUCGCGUGUACCUAACUUUUUUAUUUGCGUACACGUUAGCGUGUACCUAGACGCAGCGUAUUACUCUUACUAUAUCCUUCCUUUUUUCAAUUAUUAAAAAAAUGUACUUGAAUCGGUACAUGGUGUUAAUAAAUCUUACUGGUAAAACAGUUUAAGUGCAGAUGUUAACUAACUAUUACUAAUCAUUUUUGUCCCAGCUGUUAUCCACAGUGUAACUACAACUGGCACGUUGCAUAAUACUUAAUUAGUCUUCAAAAUUGGUCACAAAUCUAAUAUUUAUUUACUUGAAAUUAAUCCUGUAUUAACAUGUGUUUACACCUUACAGACAACUAAAGAUAGUUUUGUGGUAAAAUGGUUCAAGUGCACUUGAACCCGUUUAUUAUUAUUUGUUUUUACAGAAUACUAAAAAUAGUUUUGUGGUAAAACGGUUCAAGCGCACGGUUAAACCUGUUUACUACCAAAGCAAAUUGCAAUUGUUUUUAGUGAACUAAAUGUAAUGGCGAUAGAUGGCGACUGUAGGGCGAAAUAUGCUUAAAUCGUUUUACCACCAAGUUCUAAUACCAUUCAAGUAUGCAAAUCUGUACUUACAGUAAAAUUUUAAAAAAGUGCACUUAAACCCUUUUACUUCUAACCCCCUCAAUUACAAUUGAAUAAGAAAACAAAAGAAUGAAGAAAAAUAGGGGUCAAAUUCUAUAAAACUCGGCAAAGAAAAUUUUUUCCUAUUCAAAGGAGUGUAAAAUGAAAAGUACAUUGUACAGUGGUAUUUUUCACUAAUAAAACAUGCAAAUACAUAAGAAAAUCUACAUUUGUAGGAUGACAUAUCUCAAGACUAGUCCACGGAAGUGACGUUUAUAAAAUUCUAAUGAAGUAUGUAUUAUUUAUUAACAAAAUAUUAUUUAUUACAGAAUAAACCAUUUAUUUUUAUUUAUUAUCUUCAUUUUUAUUAUUAGUAAUUUAAGUCUUAGCAAGUUUUACACCUAAAAUUAAAUUAUUGUCAAAACUAAAAUCAAACUUACUCAGUUUCCAGUCUUACUUCAGUCCCAGCUUUCGAUUGUCUUUCUGGGGUGUUCAUCAGGUCCUAUUCAGGAGUUGUGACUACUAAAUUUCCAGAUCAUUCCACACUGCCUUCUUUCUAUACAUUAUUAUACACUCCUAUACCUAAUCACCACAUUCCUCUAUUACUAAUCUUCUAAGUAUCAAUUCAUUCUAUGCAGAUUUUUCGUGUUUGUUCCAUUUUUCUAUAAUCUUGAUUUUUACAUCAAGUUUUUUCCUGGUGUUCUUUUUAUAUUGUAUAAAUUCACCUGUCCUGUCUAGUGUAGACCUUUCUGUAGAUCUUUUCUACGUCUUGUUUCUAUAGUACAUACCAAUUAUUCUUCCAGAAUUAUCUUUUACGAUCAGUAUUCCACCACAGGACACGAUUAUAGUCUUGAAUAUUUUGCCAGUGUUCUCUUUUAAUGGGGGUAUAGUAUUUUUGAUUAUUUUUUUAGAUUUUUUUUAUUGGUUUAUUCGAUUGUAAAUAUUUUCAAGAGUAUACCAUUAAAAUUUAAAAUUUUUCCGAGCAAAAUUAGAUAUGGAUAUAUACAAACAUUUUCUUAGUAUUAUUGACAAAACUACAUUUUUUUAAACGCGUUUUCUGAAAAACAUGUUUUUUUGAGGCGGUACAUCAUAACUCAAAAAGUAAUGCACCGAUCUUUCUGAAAUUUUGCACACUUCUUUUUUAGAUAUUUUACUAGGUAGUGACGUCGAGUUUUUGUUUAUUUUAAUAACUUUUUUUUAUAUUACCAUUUUUCUUUUUACCUAACACACCUUCUCACUGUUUUUUUUUUGGUUUUUCAUUUUAAAGUUAUACCAUGAAUUUAAAAAUCAAUAUAAUCAUAAAAACUCGACGUCACUACCUCAAGAAACUCUUAAACUAAAAUAAUCUUUUUGGUUUGUAUGUUUCGGAUGAUUCUGUCCGAAGAUAUAGUGUACACCGCAAAUCAUCUUUUUUUUUGGAUCGUCUACUUAAAAAUGACGCCACCACUUAAUUUUUAAAUAUUUCUCAACAAAGAUGUAACUGAAUAAUCUUCAAGUGUUGUUCUCUAAGAUAGCCUUUUACCCAUUUAACUCAACCCCACCGCUUUCAAGGGAAAAUGUUUUAAAAUUAUGCAAAAAAGAACGCAGAAUUAACUAUACCCCCUCCCCCUUAAGCUAUUUUGGUCACAAAUAUUUCAAUGAUCCUUUUUUUUAACAGCAAGUCAUGUUGACUCAUUCAAAACACAUGUAAUUAAUUCGUUUGUAUUACUACUACUAAGGGCCGAUUGUUCGAACGCUAAUCAAAAAUGAUCAUUAUCAAAUAUUUAAUUACUGUCACAACUGUCAAUGUCCACUUUGAUUGGGUUGUUGAAAACAUAAUUAUUGAUUACAAUAAUUAUGAAAUUAGUUAAUCAAUUAUGUUAAUAAUUGUUAUGUUAAUUGAUUAACCAAUCUCAUAAUUAUAAUCAAUUAUGUUUUCAGCAACCCAACCAAAGUUGACAUUGACAGUUGUGACAGUAAUUAAAUAUUUGAUAGUGAUCAUUGUUGAUUAGUGUUCGAACAACCGGACCUAAGUGUUUUAUAUAAAAUAUUAUUAAUCUAAUAAUAUUAUUAUAUAUUACACUGUAUUAAAAAUAUUUUAUUAGCAACCAAUUAUGCAUAUUAGGCUAUCACAGAUGUUAUAGAAAGUGUUACCAAGCUCAAAUGGAACUGGGCAGGACACGUCGCCAGGCUGAAGGACUCAAGAUGGACACGAAAACUAAUGGAAUGGAGAUCAAGAGAAGAUAAACGCAGUAGAGAAAGGCCGCCUACACGAUGGACAGACAGAUGAUAUCAGAUGGAUUAGUAAAAACUGGCAACAAUCAGCACAAAACCGUGAAGUGGAAAGAUUUAAAUGAAAUUAGCUGAAAACAUUCAUUUCAGGUCAUUAAACGACUUUUGUAAAGACAAUUAGUCCCACUUGGUAAAAAUUUAUAAUUAAAAUUGACUUUCAACACAUUUACUUAAUAAAGUCGUUGCGCAUAAAAAUCUCUAUAGAUCGUAGUGCAGAGAGGCUUCUACUUAUGACUCUAUGUGUCUACAAUUUAACUAAGAUUCUCUAUUUUUUAGCACUUCCAACACAUUUUCCACCAUGCGGUAUUCAUAUGCCCAUAUAAAUAUUUCCUCCCCUCUUAGCAAUCUCCCGCCGCCGUUCGUCUUUCAUCACUCUAAAAUCGUGCUCCACGUCCUGCAGUCAUCACUUCCUUGAUGUACCACCCCAUUCCAUUCUUUCGUACAAUAUUUUCCUGUGAAUUAACUUCUUUCCACGCUAGUUUUCUCGGUUUUACAAAUUUAACUCUUCUCCUCUCUUAUCAAUUUUUGAUCUUAUAAUUAUCCUCGAAAUAUCUUGUUCUCACUGAUCUAUAGAUCCUUUGAAGUAUUCUUUCAAAAAUAUUCGUCAUACACCAGGAUUCAUCAGCGAAGGUAAAGUUUGUUUAGCAGUAAAUGGUUGAAAUCAAUUAGCACCGGCUAUAAACAUCCUGGGUUAACCGAUAAUAGUAUAAAAGGCCCGGUUUCAGGUAAAAUUUGUCUAUCUUCAUUUCUUAAUGUUGAUUUAAUUUAUUUUAAAACUCAUUUGAAAACAUUUCGGGUAUAUAAGGCAAAGCAAUAUAUUUUACAUCCGUUUUUGUUUUGUUUUCGUAGUUGUAAUUAUUGUAAAUUUUGUGAAUCCUUUGCUUUAUUAUAGGAGUACCGUCUAGUCAGUGUUAAUUGUCAAAAGACCAACUCUGUCUACCUCGUUUGCUUAUCGUUCCGGACCGGUCUUAACAAUGGGCCAAGUCAGAUAAAUUUUAAUAUUUACGACCGCACUAAUGGACAGCCGGAGUGAUGACGUAGAAGUGUAAAUUUUUAUUGACAUAUGUCAUGUCAGAGUUUUCCAAACAAACGUUGUUUAGUGUGGCAAAUUUGUAUUUUUUAUUGUUUUUUCAGUUUUUACAGUUUUGAAAUAUGUAAGUAUUGUUAUAGUUACUACAACAAUUUUAGAAGGUUGUGUAAAUAAUAAAGCAUGAUGUUUUAUAUAAAUAACAAUAAAAUGUAUGUAUCGGUGAAGUAAGGUUAGAAUUUAUUUGAUUUUUAGAAAUUUUAUAUUUUAUUUAAUUUUUUUUAGAUUUUAUACUAAUUAAAAAGUCUUGAGAUUCGGUAAAACCUUACUUUUCAAAGUGUUACAAUCUUUGUUUGGAAGUGAUCAUCAUAACACUGAAUAUAGCCGCAGUUGGCUGUGACGUCACACUCCGGCCGUCUAUUGAAAUCAACCAUUUACUGCUAAACAAACUUUAACAGCAUAUAUUGCUUAAAUAGCUAAAGUUUGAACUAUCAUGCACACAGAAUACUCAUACACAAUUUAAAAAUUUUCUGUCGUCUAUUUAUGCUUUCUCUCUCUCUUAAUUUAGGUGCGCCAAAAAAAGACUUCCUAAUUUAGAGCUUUCAUCUGUCGUAUCUUUACUGUCUGUUUAUGUUAUUAUUGUGUACUAUAAAAAUGGUUCAGUACUAUAAAAAAACCUAUCGUGAAAACAAUAAUGCGUUAGAAGUUGUUUAAACUCUGUUUAAAUAACUAGAAAAAUUGCGAGGUAACUUCUUAAUUUUUACAGGAAAACUAGUAAAACUAGCAAACCAAUUUUAAUUAUGCAGGAUUAAAGGGUAUUAAUAGUAUUUGUGUUUAAAAAUUACAAUAUAUCUAUUUAGAAAUUAAUUGCUGAUAUGUUAUUUACAUAUUAUAUCUGUACAGGAUUAACAAAAGUGUACAUUUUGGACUGUAUGGGUUUGUUCCAACACAUCGAAAAAAUAACCCAUGGAACGUAUUAUUUUAUAGUAACGUCGUCGUUACAUGACGUUUUUUCAUUAUGUUGGAACAAACCUAUUACUUUGUGCGUCAUUGCACAGUUGUACAGAGAGACUGUCAGCGGCAGUUAUAUCACGAUUUUCAAUCUCUACUCUCACACGUAAGAAAUCUCAUGUGUUGUGCUAGAAGAUCAACCAGAACCAUUAUUUUUCUGCAAAGUGCUGGUUCGUUAAGUUCGUAAAGAGUUAUUGAUUAAACUGCCGCUCUACAUAAGCUAUAAUACAAAAGGUGGUGGAACUUUUUGGCGCGAACUUUGAAUUAAGGCCGAAUACUUUUGAAUUGGCUCUCGUAUUUGAACGCAUCAGAUAGCUACAAAUAUGCCAGUAACCGCUUGCCUGUUUGUUCGGACCUUUUCUGGGUAGUAGUUUUUUAAAAAAAGGAGCGUAACCACGGAGCAUGCUACGAACUUUCAUAGAUCUACUUUUCCAAUUUAUCAACAGGCAUAUUCUCUCCCUGAGUUUAAAAGACAAUUUAAACUAAGAAUACAGUGUAAGAUGCAAUAAUUAUACUUUCAUUAAGCGAUGCAGGACAUGUAAACAACGAUUUUAGUUGUAAAGAUGUUCAAAAUUUAUCUACUCGUUCCAUAGUAACGGUAUAUUAUUAAAAUCACUUUACCAUUUGUUCUCUUUUCUCAAUUAUUAGUUUUUACUGUAUAGUAUAUAAAUUAUUGUAAUCACUGAAUACAUAGGUAGUGAAAAAAUAAUCGGUAGUCAUUGCACGAGAGCUCUAAAAUUAUCGGUUUGUUUCCCGAGUUACACUUUGACAGUUUUAAUUUCACGACCCGAAGGGGAGUAAGAUUAUGUCCAAAGUGGCACGAGGGCAACAAAUCGAUAAUAAUUUUAGAGAUCUAGGGUAACUCACUGAGAUUAUUUCAUAAAUAAAACUGUUUUUAAGUCAUUUUAACUAAUAUUUUAUUGAUAUCUUCACCUGAAUAUUUGCUAAACCUGUUUCCUGGUGUUCUCUGUGACAAGUUGUAAAACAUUAAUUCCACUGAAUAUUCAUUUUUGCGUAGUAACGAAAGGUCUCUGACAUAAUGUUUGACGACGGGAUGUUAACAAAAAUUAUCACUGCAAUUUUUAUUUCUGUAGCUUUCUUUUGGUCAGAAUCUCCUAUGAAUGAAAUAAUUCUAUUAAUUAAAUUAAGGAAUAAUUUACGCGAUUAUACAAGUAACUGUUAUCCAAAAAUAUUCAAAAACUGAACGAAAUAAUCAUCUCUAUGUUGCUGAUGACGACGUCGCUGUCAACUAAUGUUUACAUCUUCUGCCAAGCUUAUGUGAAUAAACUGUAGAAAAAUAUACAUAACAUUCCAAAUUUUAUGCAAAUCAUAGAAGAAAUAUAGACGUCCGAUUUUCAUUUAAUAUAAUAAUUAUUUCAAGCACCUAAAUGCAACCAUAACUAUUGUUACAGUGCUCGAUUUAUGAAAAUUCUUUGUGAACAUUGAAAAUAUUUCGUCUAAAAGAUGAACUGUUAUCUUAACAAUUGAGCUAGUCCUUGACUAGAAAUAAACAAAACGGAAUUUUGAGGGAAAUUAAAUUAAACACUUGAAAAAAUAUCUGAGUUUGGGUCAUAACGUCUAAGAGUCUAAUUUGGUAAGUAGCUAGAUUCAAGCGAAGUUUUGAUUGUUUUGUUUUACUAGAAUGAGAUAUUCUUUUCUUUUUCCUCUUCUUUCACUUACUUCUUUUCUGGUGUAAUUUAAAUUACCGUGUCAUUUUCUAUCAAAAUCAACCAUUUUCAUCACAAUUCAAAACUUAGUGUGGAGUAAAAAAAUGCUCGUUUUCCACAAAUUAUACAAAAUAAAUUCAUAUAUGGUGCUAUAACAUCUUCCCCAUGUAUCAAAUAACUCAUACUGAGCAAAAUUAAUGUUUUCAUUCAAACAGAUAUACGGCACUGUAUUGAAUUAAAUCAUACAGAAGUUUAUGAAAAAUAAUCCAAUGAAAUUAAAAAUCAGAUUAAAUAAAACAAAGUUAUUGCACUAAGAGCAAAAUGUUUUCCCAUCAAAAUAAAAUAAAAAAUUGUCGCAAAACAAAAAGUCGGAUUGCGUAUGCGGACAUUUCACACUGCCACAGUUCCAACUGAAAAAAAAGGAGCUUAAAGACUCAAAUAAAUGUGCUUCUUUAUUGUAGAGUAUGACCUCACUGAGUUUUUGAUCAAUUUUAAAAUACACACUUCCAGAAUUUGAUUAUACACUCUUGGUCAAAAACAUCCAGAUACUGGAUCGUUUCUGGCAAUUGUUGCCUCUGUUUAAUCUCUAUCCCUAAAAUGUCCCAUAAAUAUUCUAAUGGAUUCAUGUCGGGAAUUCACGUGGGUCAAUCCAAAACGGGAAUUCCAACAAUAGUAUUCGCCCCCUCCCUUAACGAAGUCCCUUGCAUUAAGAGCCAAGAUAUGGCUGAGGUACAUCUUCAGGGUACAAGGUUUCUCCCCAUGUAAUAAUCUGACGCGCUCGAGUGACUGCAAAAAUCCCUGCUUGGGCUCCCCUACCGUAAUGUUUACUUCCUCCGCAUUAAGACUACUAUACCCUGAAAUAUUUUUAAAAACAUUUAAAAUGCAAAUGAACGAGUUUUUUUUGACCAGGAGUGUAGUAAUCACUAUUAUAGUUAAGAACAGGGGUGGGCAAAGUGCGGCCCUCGGGCCGCAUGCGGCCCUUUAUACAUUUUUUACGGCCCGCGGAAAAGAAGUGAUCAUUUCAUUUAAAGAUUUUUUUUAAUUAUUGCUAAUAUUAAUAAAUAAAUAUAGAUAAUGAAGCUAUUGAUUAACACUUUCGCAGCGGGUGAUUUUUCCGCAAAUUUUCAACAUAACGCUGGCAAUUAUUUGGGUUUCCGGCAGAGUUUUGUCGGCUCCCUGAAUGACAUCCAUGAAAUUUCAACAAAUGGAAACGAUAUUUUUUAAGUAGUCUGGAACUGUUGAAACUGUGGAACUGGAAAAUUUUAAAUUAACGCUGUAACCACCUAGUAAGUGUAACAACUAACGGAGCACCAAAUUUAAGAGGAGCAAAUAUUGUAAUGUUGAGAAAACUUAAAGAUUACGUCCAUGAACAAUUUUCAGAACACCAGUUAUUAUUUUUCACUGCUUAAUCCAUGAGCAGAUAUUGUGCAAAAAUGUUUUGCAAGUAGUCAACGCCAACGUCAUUUCAAUUUUAACUAAUAUUGUUAUUAAUUAUUCGUUCAAUAGGAUUAAAUCAUCGUGCAUAUUUUUAUAUUAUUUCAUUCGUUCAAAGAAAACAAAAACACAAUGAAGGGAAUCUAAAAUGCCUGGUUGCACCAAAAGAUCUUAAGCUUAAGACGUGCUUUAAGCUCAGCUUACGAAACAUACGCCUUGUACCAUUGAGUCUUAGAUAAUUUUUCAGCUUGCCACAAUAGUCCUGUCGCCAGGGGGGGUACAACGGCCUCCUUAAUUCAGAUGGACUUACCCAAGUUUUUUUUAUAUAUUUUGACCCGUAGAAUACGAAUUUUUUGGGUAACAGCUGAUCCGGAUGUCGAUAAGAUUGUUAUAGACAAAGAACUUGAGGAAUUACAUAACAGCGAUUUCUCGCAAAACAAAACAUCUUUUUGUAUUUUUUGGGUCAUUUUAAGCAAAAAAUAUUCCUACAAGUUUUUUCGUAGAAUGCAUAGUUUUCGAGAUAACCGCGGUUGAACUUUCAAAAAAUCGAAAAAUUGCAAUUUUUGAACCCGAAUAACUUUUGAUUAAAAAAUAAAGCAGCAAUUCUGCUUACCGCAUUUCAAAGGUUAAGUCAAAUUAUAUCGGUUUUGAUUAUUUGCAUUGCUAAAAAUUUAUUUUUUUAUUGUUAAAAAAAGCUAUAAACACAUAGUGUUUCCCGUGCCUAAUACAUGCGUUUUAACGCAUGCUACGUAGAAAUUGCCUCGCUUGCACUUGUAGCUACUCUACCUACUCGUUCGAUUUUAAAUGAGAAAUCAUUGAAAACAUCACUCACGCACUAGGUGUUUAUAGCUUUGUUUAACAAUAAAAUAAUAAAUUUUUGGCAAUGCAAAUAAUCAAAACUGAUAUAAUUUGACUUAUACUUUCAAAUGCGGUAAGCAGAAUUGCUACUUUAUUUUUUAAUCAAAAGUUAUUCGGGUUCAAAAAUUGAAAUUUUUCUAUUUUUUGAUAGUUGAACCGCGGUUAUCUCGUAAACUAUGCAUCCUAUGAAAAAACUUGUCAGAACAUUUUUUGCCUAGAAUGACCCAGAAAAUACAAAAAUAUGUUUUGUUUUGCGAGAAAUCACUGUUAUGUAAUUCCUCAAGUUCUUUGUCUAUAACAAUCUUAUCGACAUCCGGAUCGACUGUUACCCAAAAAAUUCGUAUUCUGCUGGUCAAAAUAUAUAAAAAAAACUUGAGUAAGUCCAUCUGAAUUAAGGAGGCCGUUGUACCCCCCCUGGCGACAGGACUACAAUGGAUUGCCACGUAGAAUGCUUAGAUAAGAAUCAAAAAUUACGGUGUAAUAGUGAGACUUAAAGCGGCCCUAUUUAGAAGCUGAGCUGGGCUAAGCUGUAGCUUAAGAUUUGUUGGUGCAACCAGGCAUAGGAUUUUUUAAAUUUAUAACUUUUUUUAUUUUGAUUUAAAUGACGCGUGUUGCAUAUUACGUAUGAUGCGUGUUUACAUCUACUUAAGCACGGAAUUUCCCUUCAAAUAUUUAAAUAACUAAUAGCAAUGUGAAGAUAGAAUUUACUAUUUUAUUUGGGAAUAAGCCACAACUUAAGUUUGAAAUUAAAUUAAUCUUAGGUUUCCAUUGCCACUUCGGAUAUCGUUAUCAAAAUACAAAACAUUAAUAAAUUAAACUAAUUAAGUAAAUGCUUAAUUUAUUAAUGUUUUGUAUUUUGAUAACGAUUUCCGAAGUGGAAAUCGAAACGUCAAAUAAAUUUAAUUUCAAACUUAAAUUGUGGCUUAUUCCCCAAUAAAAUAGUAAAUUGCAUAAGAUGUUACAAGGAAAUUGCUUCAGAACAAUAUUAGGGAAAAAAGAAAUAGGUUCAUAGAUCAAAUAAAAAUAAAUAAAUAUAUAGAUACACAUAUAUUUAAGGGAAUUACCAUGAUUAAUUAAGUGCGAAUGCUAAAAUUUGAUAUUUUUGAUUUUUUUAAUAUUUUAAAUAAUGAAAGUACAUAACUAUAUUUUUUAAACUUUAUUUUAAAUGAAAGUACAUAAAUAAAUAAAUAAACUUCAAGAAUACUCUCUAAAAUUUUCAGCUUGACCGGAGUAAAAUUACCGGAAGAAAAGCAUAUUUAAUAUCCCUACCUUCGACUCGCUUUGCAGUAGCUUGAGCCUAGUGAGAUACGUUCCCGUACAGAACAGCUGUUCCCGUCUCUUUUGUAAAUUACUCUGCGAUUCAAAAACAUAUUCCGGCGUGCAUCACUUUACGAUUUGACAAACAAAAAACAAAUUGAAAUAAAAGUUGUCAAACCAAACGCGUUUUUCUCAAAACUGCUUUUUUCAAAGGCGGUGGACAUUGUAACUCAAAAACUACCUAUUUGACAGAUCCACCUGAAAUUUUUCAUAGAUUUUCUUUAGACACUUUGUGAGGUAACUCUGCCGAGAUAUGUUUUGGUUAACAAUAAUAAAUAUGUUGAUUUUCACCCUUUUUUAAAAAAAUUCGUUAUUUUGACUCGUAUUUUGAGUGAUGUCAAAAACUAAAAAAACUCAACAGCGUUACCUCGAGAAACUCAUAAACUAAUAAAAUAUUUUUGAAUUUUGUGUUUCAUAAUAUGAUCCAUUGACGAGUUCUACUGCAAAAUCCAUUUUUUUAAGCUGCCUGUAAAAACUUGCCACCGUUGGCUUAUUUUUCAAUAUUUGGUCUUGAAUUUUUUUUAAUAAUCUUUGAAUUGUACUGAAUAUGUUUAUUUAAUUUAAAAAUAAAAUAAUUCUACCAUAAUUUCAAACAAAAUUCAAGAAAAGGUGCUUGAAAUGUUGAUUUUAAACCAUGCCCCCCUCCCUUAAACAAAAUUAGUAAAAAGUUAAAAAUUCGAACAUGUUAAGGUAAUAAAUAGCCCUUGGUAAUAGACCAAAAAUAUUUUGUGUCCCUUACUAAUAGAAGUUUGCCCACCCCUGGUUAAGAAGAACCAUGACUAAAGAUAUUUAGUAUUUACGAUAUUCUUUACGUAAAUUUAUUGUUAAAUGAUAAUCUUAACAAACUUCAAAGUGAUCGAUUAAACACACAAAAUCCAUACUAGUUCUUCCUAGCUAUCACGUACAUUAUCUACAUAGAUAAACAAUCAUAGAUAUUUUUUCAAGUGUUUUUGUGGUACUUUCUGCGUUUACUUCACUGUGUCAUUAAUAUCAUACGAGCAGAAUGAUUCUGCGCUUUGUGCAAUAUUGUCAGUUUGUGUAAGAAUAUUAUGAGCGAGGUGAUGUAUAUCCCAUACCUAAUUUAUGAGUAUAUUUUAUUCGAUGAGUACUACAAAAGCUUUAUUUCUGUUGUAAACUUAUUUGUGGGUGUAUGGCCUGACAACUUCAGAAGACAGAUUUAAUAUUAUUAUAUUCAAUUGAGUAUGACAUAAACCAGCUAAAUAUACUAUAUAAAUCAUA